CUGGCUUUCUGCAAUUGCUAGUUUAUCAUUUGAGCUUUUCAUUUUUUUUGGAGAAUUUAUAUCGAAGUGGGAUGAGGCUCCACCUUCAUGCAUUAUCUUGGCUUACUAAGUCAGAGAUGGUGUUUUCUCUCUAGGGCUUCGACUAUGUCGGCCGCUGGAGCCUUUUUCCGAUUUCGACUUUGUCGAAGAUCGGCUUUGCUAUCCCUUGGUCGCUGGUGCUCGGCUGGAGUCCAGGUCAGACACGGAGGGCGGAGAUCGGUGGAGGAGGGCGGAUUUGCUUUCAUGGCUCGAGGAGAUCGGCGUUGUGGUCAAGGUUCGAGGAUGCGACGUUGCUGUCGUUGGAGAAGAUCGGCGCCGCCUAUCCGCUUACUCUGGUCGCACAGAGUAGGGAUGAGUUUGGUUAUGCAUGGUCUUUGGCAGCCAAAGGUCAUUGAUCAAUUAGCAUGGUACCGGUGGUACGACCUCCUCCUGAACCACCACCAUGGGAUGUACGAGGUGCUAGAGUUUGUGAACGUUUUUCUUGUAGUUUUUAUUUGUUUGUUAUUUGUUUUCUUAUGUCCAUUUUUGUUGUUUGUUUUGACAGUUUGUUUGAGUUGUUUUGCCUCUCUUUAUGUCAUUGGGUAUGGUUGGAUCUAUGGGAACAAGUUUGGCUGUGUCAAGCCUACUACAUGGUUAGCGAUUCGUGUUGCUCUCUCAAGGGUGACCGUCUCAAAGUCUCACCAUAGGGUUACAGUCGUAGUUGUUGGAGUUUCAGUUGGUGUCAGUUUUAUUUUCCCUUUGCUUGAUGUAACGAUCCUGAAUCUUUUGAUAUGAAUAGAGUCCUGUUUUGAUGAUAAAAAAUGC